AUGACAAAAAAGAAAGAAUUGUGGUGGUGUUUGCGAUUAUUACAACUUGUCAUCAUUCUAGUAAGUUAUAAAAAGAAUGGUGGUGAAAAGGAGGAAGACCUUUUACCCUCUUCCUCAUCAUCAACAGCAAAAUCAACCAACAACAAACCACCAAAGUACAUAGAAAAACAAGUAACAAAUUUUUGGGGAGUAAGGGAUAUUAAUUCUUUUGGGGAAUAUACUGUUGCUAAUGACUAUGAAACAUUAGCAUCUUUUGAAGAAAGAGAAGAGGAUACAUAUGCCUUUGGAGAAGAAACUGGUGAUUCUAUUAACAGAACUGAACAUUGGGUAGAAUUGGAUGAAUAUGAUUGA